CCUAGCGGUCGAGUCCGGUCUGUCAGCACUAGUGGUGGAAUCCGAUCGAAGAUCGAGAGCCGAUCCUAACUCGGAAAAUCUGGUACAAGAACUUCUUCGCGUGUCUCUCGGAAAGUUCAUUUGGAGAACGGAGACGCAAGCAGAGGGGUUUGAUAGGGCUCAGAUUUCAGGUACUGGAAGUGUUACGAGCCUGCAAAAUCAGAAAUUAGUGCAAUGGAGAAGAUGCAAGGGCGAAACAGAAUGUAUGGUAGCUUGAAUUCCAAUUUUAGGUAACUAUUGUUAUCUCUUCAGUUUUAGUGUUUGUAUGGUGAUUUGGGCUCUCCAUUGUGGACUGAUUUAGCCAUUGGAAGCGAUCAAGGGUUAACAGAGAAGUUAAAGGUGAUUGCAGAAGGUGGUAAUUCGAACAUACAUUUUAAGGGGAGACGUUCUAGCUGUGCUAGUGUUUUAGGUUUAUUUGUAGUGGACUAAAACCUAUAAAUGCUUGAGAAACUCGAGUAGGAGAAAAAGAUGAAUUAAAUUUCAGCAAUUUGUAUUGAUCCUUAGAAGCAUCUGAGAUGCAAAUCCAGCAAAAAUGAAAGGAACCGUAGCUUAGAGACUAGGGGACAAAAAUCAUGGAGGAUUUGUCCAAGUAUGCACACAGUCCUGCUCACUUGGCAGUUGCUCGUCGUGACCAUGCCGCCCUCAAACGCAUUGUAGCUUCCCUCCCACGUCUCCCAAAAGCCGGUGAGGUCACCACCGAGGUCGAAUCUCUUGCCGCCGAGCUCCAGGCUGAUGUUGUCUCUGCUGCCAUUGAUCGCCGUGAUGUACCUGGCCGUGAGACCCCACUCCACCUUGCUGUCCGCCUCCGUGAUCCCAUCUCUGCCGAGAUCCUGAUGGCAGCUGGUGCCGACUGGAGCCUCCAGAAUGAGAAUGGAUGGAGUGCUCUCCAAGAAGCUGUUUGCAGCCGUGAAGACUCCAUUGCCAUGAUCAUUGCUCGGCACUACCAGCCUCUUGCCUGGGCCAAAUGGUGCCGCCGGCUGCCGCGCAUUGUCUCCUCCGCUGCUCGUAUUCAUGAUUUCUAUAUGGAGAUAACUUUCCACUUCGAGAGCUCUGUCAUCCCUUUUAUUGGUCGCAUUGCCCCAUCUGAUACUUAUCGCAUUUGGAAGCGUGGUUCCAAUCUACGUGCUGAUAUGACCCUUGCUGGUUUUGAUGGAUUUCGCAUUCAGCGGUCUGAUCAGACCUUUCUGUUCCUUGGUGAAGGCUAUUCUUCAGAUGAUGGUAAUAUAUCUUUACCUCCUGGUUCUUUGGUUGUCCUUGCUCACAAAGAAAAAGAAAUCACCAACGCUCUGGAGGGAGCAGGGGUUCAGCCCACAGAGGCUGAGGUUGCUCAUGAAGUAGCUAUGAUGUCUCAGACUAACAUGUAUAGACCAGGAAUUGAUGUUACCCAAGCUGAGCUUGUUCCCCACUUGAAUUGGAGGCGACAAGAGAGGACUGAAAUGGUAGGAAGUUGGAAAGCCAAGGUCUAUGAUAUGCUUCAUGUGAUGGUGAGUGUAAAAUCCAGGCGGGUUCCUGGUGCAAUGACUGAUGAGGAACUAUUUGCUGCAGAGGAUGAUGAGAGGUUGGCAAAUGGUCCUGACAAUGAUGAGUAUGAUGAUGUAUUGACCGCAGAGGAAAGAAUGCAAUUAGAUUCAGCUCUCCAGAUGGGAAAUUCAGGUGGCUUUGUUGAAGAUGAGGAACAUGGGACAUUUGAUUGCCAAGAAAAUGGUGCAGGAGGUACUUAUGAAAAUUCUGAAUCAAAUGGUGUUACUAAAGAGAAGAAGAGUUGGCUUGGUUGGAGCAAGAAAGUGUCAAAAGAUGGAGGCAAAGAUCCUGAGGAUUCAAAGAUUCUGAAGAAGUUUUCAAAGUUGGCUCCAGAAGGUAGCAAUCAGAAAGCAGUUGAUUGUCAAAAGUCAUCAUCUGAGUUGCUAAGGGAUGAUUUAGGAGAUGUUAAAAAGGGUAAAGAGAAAAGUAGUAAGAAGAAAAAGAAAAUUGGACCAACUAGUGAGUCUAAACAUGAGAGUGAGUACAAAAAGGGUCUGAGACCUGCUUUGUGGUUGACUCCUGAUUUCCCUUUGAAAACAGAUGAAUUCUUACCCCUACUUGACAUUUUAGCAAACAAAGUUAAAGCUGUUAGGAGACUCAGAGAGCUUCUGACUACUAAACUACCUCAUGGCACCUUUCCUGUCAAGGUUGCAAUCCCUAUUGUUCCAACUAUUCGUGUCCUUGUAACUUUCACAAAAUUUGAAGAGCUCCAGCCAACAGAGGAAUUCUCAACUCCUCUCUCCAGCCCAGCACACUUCCAGGAUGCCAAACCCAAGGAAUCAGAGGGAUCAACAUCAUGGAUUUCAUGGAUGAAGGGAAGUCGUGGUGGGCAAUCAAGUGACAGUGAAAGCCGUUGCUUUAGGGAUGAGAUUGAUCCGUUCCACAUACCGUCAGACUAUUCUUGGGUUGACUCCAAUGAGAGGAAGCGGCGGAUGAAGGCCAAGAAGGCCAAGAACAAGAAGAGUAAGAAGCAGGCUGCAGCCAAAAGCACAGAUGCAGGACACCAGUUGGGUGAUGAUUUGGAAGAAUAAUAUUAACAGAAAAGAAAAAAUCUCAACAAGUCGUUGCACCUCUUAGAAUUCUUCUCAAGGGGAAAAGAUAAAGCCUAUUCCAAUGAAGACAAAAUCUGUUUUUUUUCCCACUCUGAAAAGUGGUGGAAGGUAAACCCUUUGGGUGUUUAUAACCGAAUUGGAAGAGCAUUUGCUUAUUCCCACUGUUGUAUGUGAUGUCAUGUGAAAUUAGAGAGAAACAGAAUUUCCUUGUCCUUUUUUUUUCUUUAUAUAAUUUGUUUUGUUCCAAUUCUUGAUAAAACUGAUCUAUGUAUCUAUGUUGAUGAUGAUGAUGAUGAUCUAAUUUAAAUCCUGUGGUUUGGAUUCUUUUGUAGUCAA